AUGUUCGCUUCACUACGACUUGGCGCAGUGCUGUUCUUUACAUUCAUCUCACAAGCUAGCGCUCAGGGGAGCCUGACCAACGUUACCGUGGAUGAUGCAUCCCCAAGUGUUCGGUAUCUGAACGGCUGGUCACCAGGACCAUCGUUGUAUAUACAACUCGAUACCUCGAAAUUAUUCAACGGCACUUGGCAUGAUACAACACAUUAUACGCAAGAUAUAACCACCAAGGAAAUGCACGUAAACUUCACAGGCGUAGCGGUCUAUCUCUAUGCCGUCAUUGCCAACCAGCCCAGUGGAAAGCCAUUCGACGCUUUCGCCGACUACAAAUUCCUCCUAGAUGACGUUGUUGUCGGUGAAUACCGACAUGAAGUGGAAGAUACCACGGAUUUUUUCUACAACGUUCCGAUUUACGUGAACACAACGCUCCCGGACAAAGAGCACCGCUUCAGCGUCUUGAUCGACUCUACCGAAAAGCCUGUGCUAAUGCUAUUUGAUUACCUUGUCUAUACUACAACUCAGUAG